ACAAAAACAAAAAGAGAAGAUUGAGUUGCAACAGAAUGGAAAGACAGAGACAUGAGUGCGGCUUCCGUUUCCUCUGCUCUCGCGGCCUGCAUUAACCGUCAAACCCACCGCAGCAGGAAUGCCAAAUGCCUUUACAAUUUCAACCUGCACUCUCAUCUUCACCAACACUUCCCUUUUCUACUCAGAGUUACAAAUGAAAGUAGCAGAACUGAAGUAUCUGCUGAUCCUACCAUUGAGAGAUCAGAAAGUGAUACGAUAGUUGAUGGGAUGGACUUUGGUGAGCUUUGCAAUGAGUUUGAAUGCAUUAGUAGUCCCUUGGUGGAAUCAACAGCAAGACAACUUCUACGUGAUAUUCUAGAGCUCCGAGAAGGAAAUCGUGCGCUUGGAACAUAUGCAGUUUCUGUCAAAUACAAGGAUCCAGUUAGGAGUUUUACUGGUCGUAACAAGUACAAGAGACCACUUUGGAUAACUGGUGCUCUAGAAAACCCCUCUGUGACAGUGCAAGAAAUGGUGAUGCUUUCAACCAGCGUACUCAGUAUCAAAUGGACAAUUCAAGGGAAGCCUAAGUCUUUUGUUGCUAGCGUAGGCGGAGAUCUGAUAAUAAGAGUCAAUUCAGAAUUCACUUUGAACCAGAUUAGUGGGCAGGUGAUUGAGCAUCAAGAGUUCUGGGAUUUAUCCUCUUCAUCACUCUUUGCUCAGGCAUUUUUCUGGACAUCCCGUCGUCUCUUUGCUACAAUCGAAGCAGGGAAGGACUUCGCUGAUGGAGCGAGGGACUUGUCCACUCGUUUUUCUGCUAAGCAAGAGAACCUGGACGUUUAUCCUGACCCUUCUGGUGAUCCAACUAAGUUUUUUCAAAGGGACGACGGAUUUCAAAGAGAUGCAUACCAAAUUGCCUUGUUUCUGGCAGUCCUCUACUUUGUUGUACAGUUCCUGAGGACAACCCUGUAAAGCUCAUUCUCCUGCAAUCUUCAUUCGUCCUUGAACUUAUUAUUGCAAAUUUGUAAUUAUCAGUUUUGUAUAUUCUUAUACCAAUAGAUACUGCAUUAUAAAACAUGUUAUAAUAGCUUUUUAAUCAGACAUCUAGAAUAGGCUUCAAAUUGAGCUCAACUUUUCCUGUUACUUGUAGAUUUUAAAAUGACAUUGGUGUUUGUGAUUGAAGAAAGCAUGGCUAGAAAUCUUGUUUGGCAGUGGCAAUGCUUGAUUGCAAUAGAAAAAGUAUGGUUUAACUACUGAAGUAUGAAAAGUGUUGUAAAA